GCUAGCAUGUUAUGCGGAGCAGCUUUUCACUGUUUAUCCGAACUGAACGUCCACAAAUGUAGGAAGCCGCAUUAAGGGCGUUUUGUCUGUCGGCUAACCUUAUGGACAUUUGCUCUUCGAGUCGUUCUGUGUCCACAGCGGACGGUGGAAAUGUGGAGGCCGACGAGGGAGAAGGACUGCCCGUGUCCGUGUCACCGUUACCGGGGAUGAAGCGGUCGUGUUGUGUCUGACUCUCCUCUCUCCUCGGAUCCAGGCAUCAUCUUUUAAAACUUCCAAAAUGAGGAUCUUUACGUCUCUGCUGAGAAACACUAAUCCCAAAAUCGAGUAUUACUCCAGAUUUUCACCGUCUCCGCUCUCCAUUAAGCAGUUUCUGGAUUUUGGCAGGGACAAUGCAUGUGAGAAGACAUCCUACAUGUUCCUGCGUAAGGAGCUGCCUGUACGGCUGGCCAACACCAUGAGGGAGGUCAACCUGCUGCCUGACAAACUGCUUAGCCAGCCCUCUGUUCGACUGGUCCAGAAAUGGUACAUGCAGAGCUUUGUGGAGCUGCUGGAUUAUGAGAACAGAAAACCAGAGGACCCUCACGCUCUGAAUGAUUUCCUGGAGCUCCUCAUUGAGAUCCGUAACCGUCACAACGACGUGGUUCCCACCAUGGCUCAGGGCGUCAUAGAGUACAAGGAGAAGUUCGGCUUUGACCCCUUCAUCAGCAGCAAUGUCCAGUAUUUCCUCGACCGCUUCUACACCAACCGCAUCUCUUUCCGCAUGCUCAUCAACCAGCACACUCUACUGUUUGGUAAUGACACCAAUCCGGCCCAUCCAAAACACAUAGGCAGCAUCGAUCCCACCUGCAGUGUGGCCGAAGUCGUCAGUGAUGCCUAUGACACUGCUAAGAUGCUGUGUGAGAAGUACUACUUAGCUGCUCCUGGCCUCCAGAUCGAAGAGUUUAACAUGAAGGCUCCCAAAAAGCCCAUCCAGGCAGUUUAUGUGCCCUCUCAUCUCUUCCACAUGUUGUUCGAGCUCUUCAAGAACUCAAUGAGAGCAACAGUGGAGCUUCAUGAGAACAGCAGUGAAGGAUUACCUCCAGUAAAGGCAAAGGUCACUCUGGGUAAAGAGGAUCUUUCAGUAAAGAUCAGCGACAGAGGAGGAGGAGUUCCUCUGAGGAAGAUAGACCGUUUGUUCAACUACAUGUACUCCACUGCCCCGACACCGAGCCUGGAGCCAGGAGCCGUCCCACUGGCUGGUUUUGGCUAUGGUUUACCCAUUUCCAGGCUCUAUGCCCGAUACUUCCAGGGGGAUCUGAAACUCUACUCCAUGGAGGGAGUGGGCACGGAUGCCGUCAUUUAUCUGAAGGCUCUGUCCAGCGAGUCCUUUGAGCGCCUGCCUGUCUUCAACAAGUCAGCGUGGCGGCAUUACAAGACCAGCCCCGAGGCGGACGACUGGAGCAACCCCAGCAAAGAGCCCCGUGAUGCCCGCAAGUCCAAAUAUAAAGCCAACAGAUAACUCUGCCCAGCUUGCGAGCAAAGCUCUCUGCCGGGAGAGCAUGUACGAUGAAAUGUUGCCCUUGGGUUAACGCUUGGUUUAGGAUCAGACUCGGUUUUAUAUUCCAGUGGUUAAAGGUUUGGAAAGGAUGGACGACCUUGAUUGAAAUCUGUACCCAAUGGCAAUGACCUUCAUCAGCAUAGCUUUCAUUGUUGUGGCAUUACCGCUGGCUCUCCCAAGAUGGAAUUUUAAAAUGAACCUCUUCCUAAUUACGGAUCCCCAGAGUCUAACCCCAUUUACCAAAAAGCAGAAAACAAAAAUGGUUGUUUUGACGAAUGUUAAUUUUCUCAAACCAAAUUUGCUGCAUUACUUCCAUCCCUCCCUCUGUCUCCAUGCACUGUUUCCACCUCAUCUUUGCUGACUAGGCUGCUGCUCCCUGUGGCUGAAUAAGCCAUGCACUGCUGAUUGACUGUCUUUUCCCACCAUCAGUAAAGGCUUGUAUUCUGUUUCUCACUCUCAAAAACACAAGCAGAGUCGGGGCUUUGAGUGCGAAUGGGAAGAGGAGAAGGUUUCAUUUCCUUCCUUUGGGAGACACUUUUGACUGAACGCACAAUUAGGCCAGUGUGUCACUGGCAUAGCAAAGACUUGUUUUGGUUACAGUCUAUUUUAGCCUGAGAAAUUGUACAAGGAGAUUAUUUAAAGAUGAGAAAAUAAUAGCUCAUAAAAGACUAGAGGAAGCAAUGUACUAGGAGUACUAAUUUUUAUUUUGUCAGAGAGAGAAAGCCUUACUUACUUCUGGAAACUUACGGCAUAUUUGGCAUUUAAAAAAUGCCUCAAAGGCUCCACUGGAACUUUAUUUAUGAAGUUGAGUAUUUUGUUUCUUUUUUUUGUUCAAUUUAACGCUCAGAAGUUAACCAGCCACCAACUUACAGACCACUGACAGAUUCUCAUCAGACAUUUCUGCUUGCAAUCCAGCUCUGUGUCCUGAUUUAAUACCUCCUUAUGGACCAAAGGAACGUCUUUUUAGAUGCUCUUGAAACGCCACCAUGACAGUGUUGCCUGUCAAGUAGCUUCGACCACACCAGCAUGAUGUAUUGUGCAAAUGCUCACAGAAAGGAAUAGACCUGUUGCAGCAUGCACGGACUAUAAAAGAAGGAUUGCGUCAUUACUUUGUACAUUUCUUCAUUUCAUCCUGCAACUGCGUCAGACCUGCCAUGGUGGAUAAACAACACGCUCACCACUUGGACCUGUUCUUCUAACAUCCUGUCGGCCUUGUCUCUCAUUGUGUAUCACUAAUUCUCACAGUCUUCUGAACAAGUUGGAACAAAGCUUAUCUGUUUUUGUAAAAAUUGCUUGUGUUUCAUUAUCAGGACUGAAAAUGACACAAUUAGAAGAUGCAGCAAAAAUCCACAAGGACUUGAUGCUUGAGAGGUUUUAAAUUAUUUCAUGCAGGAACAAAGACAGUUCAGGAAUGUGCACUAUUUUUUUGUCAUUGACAUUAGCACAGGUUUGCUUUUUGAUGAUCUUCUAAUGAUUAUGUAUUGAUUGUUUGCUUAAUUUUUCCUUAUUUAUUCAUUAGGGAGUCAUGCGGCGCGUAAAGUUAAGUUUGGGAAAUCUGGCAGGAAAAAAUGUGGUCAAAGGAGCAGAACCUCCAACUGCUUGAACAUCAAUGGCACUGAAUCAUUGCAACAAAUGAUCAUAUUCAGGAACGUAGUGCACUUUAAUAACCCUUCCUGUAUAUUUUACUUCUUCUAAUAGCUUUCAUACAAUCAUUUCAGACCUGUAAAGAACUAAUUACGAGCAGGCCAGCACUUAACAUAGCAGCAUCGUUCUCGGAACUAAUAAAAAAAGACCACAUCUAUUUGGUAAAAACAGAUGAUGGUGAAUUUUAACGAUCUAAAGUGAGUUUCCUUUCCCGCUUCCUUUAGCUGCCUUUCAUCUGACAGGAAAAGAAAGAAGAAUUGAGUACGGAAAACUUCCUCUUCCUGCAGGUUCUUGGCUUCACUGUAAGAUUUCACCACUGCCAAUGCCUUUGUAACCUGCCAGUCUCACUGAGUGUACUCCGUGACAAACCUGCUGUAAAGGGAGUGCUGUGUUAUAGGUUAGCAGUUGAAGUGUAGGUUAACAUGUGGUCUCCUUGUAGACCGGUCAUAAUCACCUCCGAUUCACAUCUUGAUCAAAGUUUCAAUUCCAGUUUCCAUGAUUUAGAAACUUGAGAUCUUCCACCUUCAGUAACUGUUAACCUUUACUGUUAAAGACUGUCUCUGUACUUAGGAUGUUUUAGAAUAUAUUAUAUAUAUAUAUGUAUAUAUCUCGAUAUAUAAUGUGUAUAUACGACCAGUGUGGAGUGAUCACUCUGUUUUCCAUCCUACUGUACAUCCAGCCUAAAAGAUGUCUGUAUGCUCCUCAGUGUGGAGGCAGUCAUGCAGAGAUAUGCAAGCAAUGCAACAUUCACCAAAAAAAAAAAAAAACUGUGUUAGAGCAGUCCGAUGAUGUGAUUCAGCAUGAAAUCAACUUACAGCACCAACUACCAAACCUGGCAAUAAAGAAAACUGCUGUUGUGUGUGA